AUGACGCAUGCUGAGAUGUGGGAUGACUCCGCCCUCAUAAACUCAUGGAAUGAGGCGCUAGAUGAGUACAAGAAAUAUCAUAGCAUCCACGCCAAAGGGGGCAAGCUCGAAGACGGUGAUCUCCAGGGGGAAACAGAGCCCCAGACCAUCGACACGCAAACGGAGGCGGCCGAUCAGCCAGAGAUCGUGGACGACGAUGAGGGAGGCAACAAAACAAAGGGGGCGGCUUGCAGCAGCACGGAUGUUCAGACAAACCCAAGCGGCGUGGCUACCGCCGAGGCAAUCCCAGGUCCUGCGACAACAGGCCCGCAAAGCCUCCUCGGCACAGUACAAGACGAGGGCCUUAAAAGACUCUUGAUGUCGUGGUACUACGCUGGAUACUACACUGGACUGUACGAAGGCCAGCAGCAGCAACAGUCCAAGUAG